AUGGAAACAAAAUAACAAAAUGACAAAAGUGAAAUUAUAUUAUAAAAUGGAUGAACAAAGAAAGAUUACAACCCUAAAAAUGGUAAAAGAAAGAUAAAUCAAGCACUUCGAGAAGUUUGAGGUCUCCUAAAAUGAGUAUAAACUCACCACCAAUUACUUAACAAUUCUCAUGAUCAUAAUGACCCUCUAAUUCCCCUUAUUAAUAACAAAACUACCACUUAGAACUAACUUAUUUCCCAAGUUACCACUAAUAUAUUAAUUACCUAAAUUACCCCUUCGUAAACUAAUUACUCCAAAUAUCAGAUCAUUGCAGCUACCACAGUUUUCUAGCAUUGUUUCAUGCAAUCAAUUUUAAUAUUCAUACGAGUCAAUUAUUUCAACUACAAGUGAUCAAUUUUUGUUUCAUGCAAUCAGGCGCAAACUAUUGGGGUUGUAGUUUGGAUACUCCCGUCAUCCCAAGAUAUAUUCCACCUUUUAUAUGUUGUAAAUGUGACUUUAAUUUUAUUAAUCAAACAUAUAAAAUAAAGUUACAUAAACUUAGUAGGUUACAAAAUAUAUGGCAAGUUCAAACCUUUGCUUUACAUACACCAAAUGUGAACUUCAUCAUCGGGAACACCAUAUAUCGAACAUAGUAACAAGAAGAUUUUGUAUGUGAACUUGAUAUUAAUUCUAGGUGUGAUGCUCUUUACUAAAACAUCAUUUCCUAAUCAUUUCCUCCCUACUACGGUGCUUGGGAAUAUAAAUCGAAAAUAUGUUAUGAGAUACAAAGAAUUACACUAAAUUCCUAGUGCAAGGAAUUUAGAACGACAUGAGAAAACUUAAGUGGAAGAAGAAACGGAAAUUUACAAUCGAGGAUUGCAAGUUCUCUAUGUAAGGUACUAGAGAAGAAAAGAAAAAACAGAAAUUGCAUGUAUAUUCCAUGUACAUCUCAUGUAAGAAAUAGCUUACACAUGCCUUCUAUAUUUGUAGAAAAGCAUACCAUUCAUGAAGUAAUAUGUCACUUCAUGAACCGCAACAUCGAUUCACGAAUCAAUGUCGAUAUUAAAUCAAUUCAUCCCAAUAAUUUAGUUAAUAUAACCAUAUUAACCGUAGGUAGUUAUUGCAUAACUAACAAAAUCGAAUAAAACGAACAUUGCAAAAUCAACGCGAGCGUUGCGGGCCGCGACAAAAAUCGCGAGCCGCAACCUGUGCUUAUACCAAAACAGAAACUUUUUGCAAUCUUAGGAUAUUUCCAAUUAAUUAUCAAUUUAAUUAAUUUAUUUGAUUUAAUUAAUUAUAAUUUCCGAUGACCAUUAUACGCACUAAAUGACAACAUUAUAUUCAUACGAGUCAAUUAGUUUAAUAAAAUAAGAACAUGCUUUUGUUUCAUGCAAUCGUACACUUGAUAUAAUCAGAGACUUCAAAUUAUAUAUUGCAUUAGAAAUUUAAAACCGCAAAUCUCCAUUCUUACUCUAUUUAACCCAUUGUCCUUGGUCCUAUGCUGUUGUAGUGAAACAACAAAUAAAUCAUAAUUUCUAAAAAAAGUUUUAUUUCCACAUUCUAUGUUGAUUAAAAAGUCUCAAUCUAAUUGAUCCACUAUGGUCGAUGCAGAAUUCCUCAGAUAUGAAAUCUUCUAGUUGGGUACUUGGUGGUUAACACAUGACUUGUAUUUAUUAUCAAACCAGUUAUCCAGUUUGGCCUACGAGUUUUGAUAUCUGUGAAAAUGGUUGCCUGAUAUUAACUCACACCAGACAUGACAGCCUGAAUACCCACAUGGCUUUGCUUCCAAAGACUUUAAUCAAGGCAGUCAACAUCGACGUAAUAUGUCCUCAGCUUGAAGCUAUAUAACUUGCUCAUUUCUUCAUUAUCAACCAACCACUUCCAAACUCCUUAUUAUAAUUAUUCAAUCUAAGUCUCACCUCCUAAAAGCAAAAAGAAAACUUUAUUUUCUCAAUCAGAAAACUCACCUUCAAAUAAAUUAUGAUUAGUACAAAGAAACUCAUUAAAAUGGCGAGGAAGUGGCAAAAACUAGCAGCUGUGAGCAGGAGAAAAAUUUCCUGGUCAAAAACAGUUGCUGAAAAAGGUCACUUUAUAGUUUACACAAGUGAUAAAAGACAGUUUAUGAUCCCUUUGGCAUACCUCAACAGUGAAAAUUUCACGGAGUUGCUUAGAAUGGCAGAAGAAGAGUUUGGAGUAACAGCUGCAGGGCCUAUUAUGGUCCCUUGUGAUUCACGUUUUAUGGAGUAUUCAAUUUUUAUGAUUCAGAGACAUGUAGCUGAGGAACUGCAGAAGGCAGUGAUCAUGUCCUUAGCUAUUUGCGGCUAUUCAGCAUCGUCAAAUGACAUUCAAGAGCAGAAUAAUCAGCAAAUGUUAAUUUGUAGUUAUUAGAAACGUAGCAUAGCUGUUUUGUAAAUAUUAGAUAAUACUUUUUGUUGUAUAAAACAAUUUUUACCAAGAGAAAGUAAAUAAAAUUUCCGGCAGAAAUUCAGAUCAAAAAGUUCUUGUUAUUUUAAGAUUAUGCCUGUUUUUUUGUCCCUUCAACAUAGGAACAAACAACUAUUCAGUAUUGAAACUCGACCUUAGCUUGUUUCAUAUAUCUUAAAAUGGUAAACAAAAUGACAGUGUAUAGCCUACAUGACUAAAUUUCAGUACAAUGUCAAUUUCUGUACCACAGUUUUUUACUGGAAAGCAAUACGGUGGAUGUUCAUCAGUCUAAAAUAGAUCAGAUGAA